AUGAGCGGCUUUAUCUCGUUGAUCACAGGUAAGUUUUUCCCAUCGUUAAUCAAUUGGAAAACCAAAUUCAACUUCAAGUUACAAACCUUUGUGUUCCUCUUCGCUCAGGUUGCAUAUGAUGUUAGCCUCAGCGAUGAUGGUUGGUCUUCUGAGAUAUUCAGCAUCAUCUCAGGGAACACUUCAACUUCAUGGGAAAGACUUGAUGUUGGUGUUGUUCUAUCACACUCUUUUGAGCUAGAGUCAACAGUAAAAACUGUCUUUUACAGCACACCUGCUGUUAUUACAUUCCGUGUCCCCACAAAGGCUGCACUACAGGAAGCAUAUUCAACCCCAUUUCUUUCUGCCUCUUGA